UUUUUCUGUUCGGGUGGUUUUCUUUUUAAUGACAUUUAAGAUGUAACAAGCAAAUUUUGUGUUUUUUUAAAAUCCCCCAUAACAAAGACACACAAAUUAUGUUUCAAUCAGCCUCUGUGGUCAUAUCGGACCCACCUUUUUCAUUUUUGCUAUAUGAAACAUGCAAAAGCCCCGUAAAACAGAUGGGUUUCCUUCUUGGGGAGAUUAUUCACAAGGAAAUAACAUCAAUAACAGACAACGAUCAAAAACAAGUCUACAUUUCAAAGGUCAUCAAGAUAAAUUCAGGAAUUCCAUGCCCCAACAGGGACCUUUUCCCAAAUGGCAGAGUGAAUAAGGAAAAGGUGAGAAGUUUUCUUGGGCCCAACUUUUCUAAAGUAGUCGGCUGGUAUAAAUUCGAGCCAUCAUCUCAGAUAAAGUUCACCCUAAUAGACCGAGCACUGCACAAACAAUUCAGGGAAUUAUUUGAUGUACCACAAGACCUUUUGUCAGUGUGCUUCCUUACCACGAAAUACACAGACACUUGUUCCAGUUAUAACUACCAACAAAGCUUCACCAGGUAUUUUAAUGGGGUAUUUGAUAAACUUAACAUGCACAUGCCAAACUUGAGUGAAUCGAACAAUACUUAUAAAAAUCCAGAUCCUCCCUCAGAAGUUUGCAACAAGAUCUUUUCCACAUUGAAAAUGGACAUAGAAAACGCCAAAGGGGUGGUGGCAGUGAUAAUAAUUGAAAAUGCUUUACAAAACCACAUAUAUCAGACAGCCACAGAGGUUGAAAAGGCUGAAAAAAUCCUGUAUGACUUAGAGAAUGAGGUUAGGAUAUUGAGGAGACAAAAAGCCAUUAAAAAGCCUGCAGUGAAAAAAGUUUUAGGUAAAAGUGAUGAAAGUAUUAUGGGACCACCUCAUGAAUUGUUACCUGAAACAGUACGAAAGUCCCAAAGGAUGCUUAAAAGUAAAAACACCAUAACAACUCCUUUACCAGAUUCAAAUAAAGAUGAUACUGAUGUACAAAUUAAUGCAGAAGUUAUAAAGAAACCAUCCACUCCAAAGUCUAGGGGACGAGGCAGGGGUUGGCUUGUUAUAAGUGUGUAAGGAGAAAAUCACAUUGAAGAUCAAUUGUUUUUUGGACAGAGUAUUAAGUAUAUAAGAUUUAAUUAGGUUUACCAAAGAAACCCUGUUUAUAAAUUGAAUACAUGCCCUGAACAUGCAGAGUUGCUGAUAAACAUGAAAAAAGACUGUAAGUAACCUCAUAUAUAUUAAUUACCAUUGAGCAUUAUAAUGAUUUGCCUCGGCUAAAUCGGCCUUUAUAACUUGUUAAGAGCAGGUAUUCAAUUGCUUACUUAUUUAAGGAAAAAAUGUGUUUUUUUUUAAUGACUAAAACUAUUAUUGUUUAUGUGAAAUAAUACUUUGAUUUGCACCUAAUUAUUGGCAAAAAUUGUUUUUUACUUAAUCAUUUAUAUUUUGUUCCAUUGUGUAUAUUUUUUGCGUGUAUAUGCUGAUUUUGUUAUCAUUUCGGCUAACAAUGUUAAAAGUACAUGAGUGUAAAUAAAAAUUACAUUAUUUUUA